UUCUCUCAUUCAUGCCACUCAUAAAGGAAGCAGCUCCGAUACUGUCUUUAACGGAUAGUGAUCGGUCGUGCGCUACCAGUGAUGUCCAGGGGGUGGCGCUGAUCCUCCGCCAUCUUUAUAACACCACAUGCAGUAGAAUAAGGCAUUGUAAUACAGUGCGCUCUUUUCCGGACACAAACUCCUGGGGUGACGCCGCUGUAAUCCCACUCUGGCGCCAUAACAGCAUCACCCCUGAGGUUUAUGUCCUGGGCGGGAUACAAGGUGAGGCACUGCCAGAAGGUGAAGCUGCAGGGGAAGUGUCAGCUGAGAGUGACGGUGGGAGGGGCACAGAGUGAUGAGGAGAGCCGCUCGCCCCGGGAGUAGUUGUGCCUGUGGUCAGACUGGACGGCCAGACAUUGCGGCUCCACGAACCUCACCUGAGGGGGCAGCUUCACAGGGAUGUCCCUGCGCGUCGUCGUCAAGGCAAUGUCACUAGUCCGGGGCCGGGCCCGGAGCGGAGAAGAGGGCCUCCCGGUGAAAAUGGACAGCCCCGAACGACUAACCCUCCCCACCGGAUGGUCCCUGCAGCAUAGAUGGCGUGGACCAGCUCACCCUUUUUUUCCCACCGAGGGGAGGAUGAAUGCGGUUCGUAUUGCCAAGAAUUUUGUAACAACAACUGAACUUCGAUGACACACUGGUAUUCUGGAGGACCCUUCACUUGACAAGAAUUGAUAUUUUUCUGUUCUUGUGUUUUAAAUUGCUUAAACUAUUCUGCAAUGCUGAGAAGAAGAUUACGCCAUUGUAAAGCCAGCCGAUUAGGCUUGUUGCUUUUAAUCGCACUCACUGCAGCCACCCUCACAGUGGUAAAGAACCACAACAAAACAGCAUAUUUUACGAACAGAAACUUAGAAAUUGCUGAGGAGAACCACAAUAGUAAUGUGAACUGUACAAAGAUCCUCAGGGGUGACAUUGAGGCGAUCCAGAAUGCCAAACUAGAGCUCCUCACUGUGAAAUACAGGAGAGAGCAGCAUCGUCUGACUGAAAAUGACUACAUCAAUAUGACCAAAGAUUGUUACUCUUUCACUAGAGAUCGGAAAUAUAUUUUAUAUCCACUUAGCGAUGAAGAACGUGAAUUCUCCAUAGCCUAUUCAAUAGUGGUUCAUCAUAAAAUUGAUAUGCUGGAAAGACUUUUGCGUACUAUAUACAUGCCUCAGAAUUAUUACUGCAUUCAUGUGGACAAGAAAUCUUCAGAAUCUUUUAUGGCUGCAGUAAAAGGCAUCUCCUCCUGCUUUGAAAAUGUCUUUAUAGCCUCUGAAUCUGAGAAUGUAGUGUAUGCUUCGUGGAGACGUGUGCAGGCUGACCUCAAUUGCAUGAAAGAUCUUCACCAUGCGGGAGCCCAGUGGAAGUACUUAAUAAACCUCUGUGGCAUGGAUUUUCCUAUAAAAACCAACCGAGAAAUGGUACAGAUGUUAAAAGCAUUGAAAGGUGAAAACAGCCUAGAAACCGAAAAAAUGCCACCACACAAGGAAGUACGGUGGAGGAAGCAUUAUGAGAUAACUGAUAAUGGUAUUAGGAAAACAGACGUUGACAAGAUGCCGCCACCAUUUGAAAUCCCAGUGUUUUCUGGUAGUGCCUAUUUUGUUUUCAGUAGAGCGUUUGUUAGCAAUGUCUUGGAAGAUGACAAAAUCAGGACGAUCCUAGAGUGGUCUAAGGACACUUAUAGCCCAGAUGAAUUUUUAUGGGCAACUCUACAAAGAUUUCCCGGAAUGCCCGGAUCUGUUCCUGCUAAUAGUAAAUAUGAUGUUUCAGACAUGAAUUCCAUUGCCAGGUUUGUGAAGUGGGAAUACCUGGAGGGAGAUGUUGCUAAAGGAGCACCAUAUCCACCGUGUAGUGGGACUCAUGUGCGUUCAGUGUGCGUGUUCGGUGGGGGUGACUUGCAGUUUAUGUUAGGGAAGCAUCACCUGUUUGCUAAUAAAUUUGACAUGGACGUAGACCCUACUGCUAUUCAGUGCCUAGAAGAAUAUCUGAGACAUAAAGCACUAUAUCCACAAAUACAAGACUGAUCAAUGUACAGCCAUGGUGCUCUGAUGCUUUAAAUUCACACAUCGUGCCACUGUUUGACAUUGCACAAUAUUUGUAUGACUGAUGUGGCAAAAAUCUUUUUUGGAUGCUAGGAGUAGCUUUUAAAAAUGUGUUACAGAAAGCAUACAGUAUAAAGGUACCUGUGAAACUAUAGCUGGGGAGCUAUUUAAAGAUUCUCAGUUUAUUUUAACUCCGUAGGAGUUGUUGUGCAAUAAAUUCCCAGCUCCAUUAUUUCUUAUGUGUCAACAUAAAAGUGCCUCCUUCGUGAUAACGAACAUCUUUAUGUAUUGUUGUGUGCCUGAAUUGGGAUUGCUGCCAGUUGGCAUUUUUCAUGCCAAGCAUAUUUUUUGUUAUUACCCUGACAAACCAUUUCCUGCUAUGUAUUGUUUUGAUAAGAAUGCUAAAAAUCUUAAGAGUCCUUCAGGGCAAUGUGUGAUUGUCCCCAUGAAAAAAGGGCGAGGAGGGGUUCUUCCUUUAGUAACGUGACACAUUACAUAUUAGUUUUCUGCAGGUACACUAGUACUUUUCUGAUAGCUGUGUCCAAUAUAGCUUAAAGGGGUACUCCGGUGAAAACCUUUUUUCUUUUAAAUCAACUGGUGCCAGAAA